CUGCUUGAUCCUCGUUACAUGACGAAACGAGAUCUACAAUAUUAUUAUCGGUAUUACAAUAUGACAAAGAAACGAAGACAAUUUAAGAAAAUUAUCUUUCUGGUGCUGUGCUUAUGCUUCUUUUCCUAUAUAUUCAUCGACUACAAUCUAAAGACAAAAUUGUUGCAACUUAAAGAUCAUUUUGAGUUUAUACCACGCAUCGAUGCUGAUUAUAAUAUAACACAAGCGUACUUUGUGGAUUUGCCUGGUUGUCGUAUGCCUUACUUUCCCGUAACUGAUGAUAAUAUUAUACAGUUUAUGUUUAGACCGCAAAAUUUUACUUGCAAGAAAUCGUUAACACGAACAGCCGAUCACGGAUCCUAUCUCUUACUGAAUAUGAAUGCUAACGAAAUUGAAGAGGUGUACGGUAUCAGUGACAUUGAGAGUAUAACGUGUAAUUACACAGAAAUUAAACGUAUAGACGAUCAACAUAACCGCUAUAUGGAAUCAUUGCCGUUAAAGUUACAUUACAAUCAACCGAUGCCAAUUAAAGAAUAUAUCGAAUUUUUAAAGGUGGAAUGUUGGGACUCUAAUCAGAACAGUAUCCAUAAAGAUUUUCAUUUUUUUAUCUUAGACAAAAUGAAAAGUGACGACAGAGAAUUAAGAAGGUCGUCAAAUGAAUCGAUGACGACACCUAUAAAAGGAUUGCUUUCGGCACCACCUCCAGAGAUGCCCGAUAAAAUGACACAGCCACCGCGACCGCAUCCGAACUUCUCCAUCGAUCGUAUAUCAGUCAUGAUACUAGGCAUUGACAGUGUGUCUCAUUUGAAUUUUUUGCGGCAAAUGCGUGUGACGAGCACCCAUAUCCAUCAAAAUCUCAAUCAUGUAGAAUUUUGGGGAUACAACAAAGUGGGAGACAAUACUUAUCCGAAUCUUAUACCGGCUUUGAGCGGACUUGAUGAAAGCGAAUUGGCCAUAUCUUGUUUGGGACCAACACCGCAUUCUGCUAAAUACGACAAAUGUUCCUUCAUUUGGAAGCGCUACAAAGAUGCUGGCUAUAAAACGGCUUAUGCUGAAGAUGUAGGAUUAAUGGGAUUAUUCAGUUAUUGCCGUUCUGGUUUUAAGCGUCCCCCCACCGACUAUUAUUUGCAUCCAAUUUUGGUAGAGAUGGAACAGCACAUCAGCUAUAUGAAGAGUUUCAACGUUGAAUUAUGCAAAGGUGGCCGACGUACAGUAGAUGUGGUUUUGGAAUUUAUACGCAAAUUAAUUCCCUACUUAGCGACAGGAAAUUUUUUUUCAUUCUUCUGGACCGUCACGAUGACGCAUGACAUGUUCAAUAUGCCAAUGUUGCUUGAUGCAGACAUCAAGGACUUAUUAAAAAUUUUUGAAAUGUCUGGCAUUCUCAAUCGGACUGUCAUAUUCCUUAUGAGCGAUCAUGGUUUACGUUGGGGUUCGUUUCGUAAAACUUACCAAGGUAUGAUGGAAGAACGAUUGCCUCUUUUAAUAACCCUUUACCCGGAUUGGUUAAAACGAAAGUACCCGGCAGCCAUUGCUAAUAUGGAAAGCAAUGCUAAACGCUUAACUACACCGUUUGACUUGUAUGCUACGAUGCUGGAUUUGUUAGAUAUGCGAACUUUAGAAAAGCAGCGGCUAGAAACUCGAGCUUCAGAGCUUAUCGAUGCAGACAAUAUUGUCCCACGAGGCAUUAGCCUUUUUCUGCCGAUACCUGAGACACGUUCUUGCGACAAUGCAAAUAUCGCCUCGCAUUGGUGUACAUGUCAUCAGCGCGAAAAUUUGCCUACUAACGAUGGUCGAGUACAACGCGCCGCGCGAUACAUUGUGAAAUUAAUCAAUGAACGCCUUAAACCUUUUCCUCAAUGCAGAAUAUUGUAUUUAAAUUCAAUAUUGGAAGCCAUUGUGGCUGCUCCUCAUCACAAAAUUGUUAAAGAAGAGGGUCUAAGCGACUAUGCUAUCGAUGUCACGUUACGCAUACAAACAAAACCGGGUCUAGGUCUGUUCGAAUCCACAGUCCGCAUGUCCAGUUAUUCAACCUCUUUAACCGGCACCAUAAGCCGCAUAAAUCUUUAUAGCAGUCAAAGUUACUGCAUUGACGACUACGCAUUUAAAAUGUUUUGUUAUUGCCACAGAUAAAAGGCAUCUCACAUAUAAUCUAUUUAAUACCCUAAAUAAAUCUAAACUUUUAUAGCCCAAAUUGGGUUUUUUAUGCCGCCAUAGUGUUCAUAGCGUUACUCUUUCAUUUAUUAAUUUUCAAUUCAACAUAUAAAUGAAAUGAAAGUUUCCUUAUAUUUUGUUACUUCCCUCUAAGUACUUUAGGAUUACAUUGUAAACACGUAGAUACUGUUUGCGAGUAUCAAUUGCAUUCUUGCAUAUAAAAUAUAUAUAUAAAUAAUUUUGUAUUUUAAGCUUUAAAAUGCUCAAAUAUGUACUAAGCUGUUAGUCUAAAAGAUUUUUAAAUGUUAGCAACAGUUGAAUUGAAUUAUCUUAUAGUAUAGAAAAUGUUGCAAGAAACUCGGUGACUCUUUUUACUGAAAGUUUGCGUUCCUUACUUA